AUGGUUUUUCUGUUUGAUGAUGUACCAAUUAAGGAGUAUUUCAAAAAACUUUUCAACUUCUACGUCGAUUUUCAAGCUCAGAACCCAAAGUAUCGAUGUAUUUUCGGAAAAGUUCAUGUGCUGAAUGCGGCCAAAGUGCUCCUCCUCCUUGAAAUAUUCCUCAUCAUUCCCCUCUAUAUCCUCUUCCUUUUCCCAUGGUGGUUGAUGUGGAUUGGAUUCCAUCUUGUUCUUAUACUCAUCACAAUUUAUGCUCUUCGGAAAAAGAAACAUCGAUUCAUGUGGCCAAUGGUUCUGUUUACGCUAACCCAAUUCUUCUUCUGGGGAAUACUGACAUUACUACAACUGCUGAUUGCCUUUUUCGAUACGCAAUCAUUUUUGAACUUCUAUUCUCAAGGUCAUCAUGAAGAAUUCUUUGAGAAGGCGUUGGUUGUAAUUGUCGUCAAACUGAUUGUUCUUUUAAUUGGAGCUAUUUUGUUCUGGAGACUUUCUGUAUUUUAUGCUGUGAAGAACUACUUUUCGGAUCGAUUGGAGGGACAGGUGUCCGCCACGGAAGAAAGCAAGGGACUCGAAGGCGUCGCUCAGAAACUUCUUCAACCGGUUUAG